CUGUCUUGCUGUGGUGGGGGGCAGGUUGAUGAAGCCGAAGAUCCGACUGCCAGCGCCUCCUUCUCCGCGAUGGCGGGGGCGACGGAUUUCGACGGCACCGAGAGAUGUGCCAACUCAUCGCACAAACUUCUACCCCUCAGUAUUGCAGCCCUGGUCGGUGGCGACCACUGUGAAGAGAUUAGCGCACAGAAUUGA